UUCCAGUGUAUAUACGCGCGGCGCGGCGCGGCGCAUCGGUUCGCUCCCAAAUCUCAUUCCCAUGGGCCGUAAAAAGCGAACAUCUACACCAAACCCUACUUCGCCACCGUCGUACGCCCCCCGCCGGCCGGCGGGGGCUAAGGUGGCUGGCAACGGCGGGGAAGAUGAUGGCGUGCGCGCCGAGGUCGAAAAGGCACUCGCCUGCCUGCAGCGGGGGAACCACGCGCGGGCGGUGCGCCUCAUGAGGGACGCCAUCGCCCACCACGGGGAGGCCUCCACGCCGCUUCUCCUGCGGGCGCAUGGUACUGUCCUCGCCCGCGCCGCCUCCGUCCUUGACGACCCGGCCGCCCGCGCGCGCCGCCACCGGGCAGCGCUCCAGGCGGCCCAGCGCGCCGUCGAGCUCGCGCCGGACUCCAUCGAGCUCUCCCACUUUCAUGCCAUGCUGCUCUUCGACGCCGCCACCGACACCCGCGCCUACGAGGAGGUCGUCGCCGAGUGCGAGCGCGGCCUCAGCAUCGAGGCCCCUUCCGACCCCGCGCCCCACUCCCUCAGGCUGCCCGGCCCCGACGUCGACCAGGUCCAGUCCGAGCUCCGCAACCUGAUCCAGAAGGCCAAUCUCGCCUCAGUAUCUACCUGGUUUAAAACCCUGCGUAGCGCGGGCGACGAUAAGUUUCGCCUCAUCCCCGUGCACCGUUUUGCCGACGAACCAAUGGAGGCCCGGCUCGUCCCCUCGGCGCCCUCUCCGCGCCGCUCAAACGAGAUCAAGAAGGCGACCAAGACCUCCGAGGAGCGCCGCCAGGAGAUCGAGGUACGCCUGGCUGCCAUGAGGCUGCUGCAGCAGCAGAAGGAGCAGAGCAAUGGUGUUGUGUCUGCCACCCCUGCCUCUUCCCAGUCACAGGGAGAUGAGGCCCCCUCAUCGUCUCUGUCAUUGGUGGGUGGACAUCGAGCUGACAGGAGAAAAGGCGGGUCUAGGAAAGCAACAGGCUUAUCUGCAUCUGAACGCACUGACCAGGCGCGUGCCUACUGGGGUUCGAUACCAGUGGAUCAAAGGCUUGCGUUCUUAAACACUAGCAUUUCUGAGCUCAAGUCACACUAUGCUUCUGCAAUCCAUAAGGAGAAAGAUGUUGCCAGUGCAGCAUCUGAUGUGCUGAAUGAGGUGAUACGAUUUGCCAACAAGCAUGGCAACUGGGAGUUCAUGGUAUGUGGUAGGUGUCGGGGACAGUUUACAGAUGUUGAGGCACACCGGUGGCAUGUCAUGGGGGAACAUGUUGGGCUACUCUCAUCUGAGCUGCAGGAAAUGGUGCCGCAGGAGAUUGAUGCUGACUGGGUAGAAAUGCUCAUUGGUUGGAACUGGAGUCCAUUGGAUGCUACUGCAGCACUGAAACUGUUUGAGGAAGAUCAAACUGACAAUCUUGGAACAGAUAGGGGCAAAGAAUCGGAUCCGACGGAUAAUUGGAGUAACAAAGACAACCCUGACAUGUCAGAAUCCUCUGCCUCGCCACACAACGGGGAGUGUAAUGGCUUUGGAGUGGUGGUGAGGGAAGGUGACGGUACGUGGCCACUAUCAGAUGAUGACGAAAGGGCAAAAAUUUUAGAAAGGAUCCAUUCAUUGUUCAAAAUUCUUGUGAAGAACCAUAAUCUUUCAGUGUGCAAUCUAAACAGGGUGAUUCGAUUUGCUGUAGAGGAACUCAGGGGGUUGUCAUCUGGGUCACUACUGCUUAAUCACUCAUUGGACAAGUCGCCGCUUUGCAUUUGCUUCUUGGAGGCAUCGUCACUGUGGAAAGUAGCUAAAUUCUUGCAGGAUUUAGUGCAGGCCUCUGGAAUUAAUAGAAACCUGGAGAAUGAUGGACUAGGUGACAGGGAUAGUUCCCCCCAAAACCACAAUGUACUGGAGAAGGUUAUUCUUAGUUCUGAUUCUUCUGAACUGAUCAUUGAUGGGCAAACUUUUGGUGGAAAGUUUGACUCUGAGAGUGUUGAUACUGACACACUGUUUUCAUGGUUGUACGCUGGAUCCUCAAUUGGUGAGCAGCUAUUGGCUUGGAACCGUAUGAUUGACGAAAGGUCAAAUCAGUGCAUGGACCUUAUUCGGGCACUUGGGAGGGAGUUCAACAACUUGCAAAACUCAUGUGAACGGAAGCUUGAACAGCUGAGAAAUGAGGAGGCUUUUAUUUCUGUAGAGGACCUCUUAUGCGAAGAGCAAACACGAAGGGAGCAGGUGGAGCAGUAUGGGUUCCAAAGUUUUGAGGAGAUCCUCAGGAAGCGGCAGGCGGAGUUGUUGGAACGCAAUACUGAGGUGCAGUCCGACAGUAACAGAUCCGAGAUAGAUGCAAUCUCAGCUGUUUUGAAGAAACUCCACACUUCACACUUCGGUUAUGAUGAUGCCUUUUCUGGAAUGGCCCCACGCCUUUUUGACUUGGACGGGGUCGAAGAUGAAUGGAGGCUGCAUGAUUUUAUACAUCCAAAUGAUUCAAUGGUACACACUGUUAUAUCAAAGAUGAAGGAAAAAGUUACUGUGGAGAUUAGCAAGAUAGAUGCUCAGAUUAUGCGAAAUUUAUCUGUGAUGCGGCAUCUAGAGCACAAGCUUGGACCUGCUUCUGCUCUUGAUUAUCGAAUGAUUCUUUUACCCCUUAUGAGAUCGUUCUUACAAAGCCAUUUGGGAGAGCUGGUGGAUAAGGAUGCCAAAGAGAGAUCUGAUGCUGCAAGGGAAGCCUUCCUGGCUGAACUCUCCUUGGAUGCUAAGAAGAAUGCAAGCAAAGGGGCUGAUAUGAAACAAUCCCAUGAAAAAUCAAAGGAUAAAAAGAAGUUCAAGGAUUCUCGAAAAUCAAAGGAGCUCAAGGAUUCAAGCUGGAGCAACCAGUCUCUCAUUCACCAAGACAGUACCGAUGAGGGAACAUCAGAGACAUCUCAAAUGCUUGCUGAUUGUGAUGAUCUGUGUUGCAAAUGCUCGACAAGUGAGGAUUACUUCAAUGAACAAGAGGAAGAACUUAGGCAUAGGGUACAACUUGAAGCAGAGGAAAGAAAAUUGGAAGAGGCUCUAGAAUAUCAACGGUGGAUAGAGGAGGAAGCAAAGCAGAAACAUCUUGCAGAACAAUGUAGAAGUACACAUGCAUCUUCUGUUAUUGGUACAGCUAGUCUUUCAAGCACUGUGAGUUUAAACAGGGAUCCGGAUAACCAUGAAAGUGCACUCAAUAACUCUUCACAUACUUAUCUUGAAGGCAUAAAGUUUGGUGACUUUAGCUACACCGAGAACGAGAACAAUUUCAGCCAGAAACUCAAUGGAAUCGAGUUCGACUCAUCUGAUGCACAUGCAUUAACCAGCAGUGAUAUGAGUGUUUCUAUGUUGACGUUGAAAAUGAAUGGGGUUUGCAAUAAUGCACAACCUAUAAAGCCUCUUGGUAAUUUUGGCACCCAAAAUCCCAAGAGAAGUUCUAGUGAACCACAAAGGUAUUCUCAAGGUCACUCUGCAGGAAUAGAGAAGCCAAAUUUUGAGAAAGUUGGCAGUGGUGCAAUACCAUCAACGGAUGUGUGCAUCGAGGAUGAUUUUGAUAAAAGGUUUCAAGAAGAUCUUGAUGAAGCAGUGCGCCAAAGCCUUGGAUGCGAUGCUUAUCCUGCUGGUACAGUAAGCACUUCAAAUGGGACAGAAGUGUAUGGGACUGGACUUAAAAAUGCUGCUGGUGAAUACAAUUGUUUUUUGAAUGUGAUUAUUCAGUCAUUGUGGCAUAUAAGGCGGUUUCGGGACGAGUUUCUUAAAACAUCAUUACUGCACAAGCAUGUUGAAGAUCCUUGUGCUGUCUGCGCUUUAUAUGGUAUCUUCAUUGACCUGAGCAAAGCAUCCAAGGGACAAAGAGAAGCUGUUGCACCUACUUCGUUGAGGAUUGCUUUGAGCAAAUCCUACCCAAACAGCAAAUUCUUUCAGGAGAUGAAUGAUGCAUCUGAGGUACUGGGUGUAAUCUUUGAGUGUUUGCAUAAGUCAUACACUUCUCGUACUGUCUACCAUGGUGUAUCCCACGAGAAAAAUUCUAUUGGAUCAUGGGAUUGUGCAAAUAUUUCUUGCAUAACACAUAAUCUUUUUGGGAUGGACGUAUAUGAACGGAUGAACUGUCACAAUUGUAAGAUGGAGUCUAGGCAGCUCAAGUAUACUUCAUUUUUCCACAAUAUCAAUGCUAGUUCACUCCGAACUGCGAAGAUGAUGUGUCCAGAUUCUUCAUUUGAUGAACUUUUGAAGGUUGUUAUAAUGAAUGAUCAACUAGCUUGUGAUCAAGACGUUGGCGGCUGUGGAACACCGAAUCAUAUAGACCACAUCCUUUCUAAUUCCCCACAUGUCUUUACUGUUGUUUUGGGAUGGCAGAACAACAAAGAGAGGGUGGAUGACAUAUCUGCAACUUUGGCUGGUAUUUCAACUGAGAUAGACAUUAGCAUAUUCUACCGUGGUCUAGAUCAAGGAGGCAAACACACCCUGGGGUCAGUGGUUUGUUACUAUGGCCAGCAUUACCAUUGUUUUGCCUUCAAGGAUGGACGGUGGGUCAUGUAUGAUGACCAGACAGUCAAGGUUAUUGGUAGUUGGGGUGAUGUGCUCGUGAUGUGUGAAAAGGGCCAUUUGCAACCCCAAGUGCUUUUCUUUGAGGCUGCAAAUUAAUUAUUCUUCAGAGUCGCAAAACGCGCUACAGCGGUUAACAUGCCCUCAAAUAUAGGUUUUUUCCCUGCGGCCAUGAAGAUUAGAAAUAGGGUAGCAGAUUCGUUUUGAGCGGGGAUAUAUAGUACUAGCAUUCAACGGUGCUUUUCGUUGUGAGUCCGUAAUAAGCAGUCAUCUGAGCAUUCUAGAGCAAAAAAGGGAGCUGUUUAUCCCCCCCUUUUUUGCUUUAACCUUUGGUGUAGGCGCUGAACUUCUGAUCUCAUCUGCCAAUAAAUCUUCACUGCCGAUCAAGCGGGUGGAGCAUUCGACUUGAACUGCCAUCCAACAGUUGUAGCCGAAUCUGCAUGAACUCUUCGUUAUACACCAAUCAUCUAUAGAAUUUUCUGCUUACAUUGGGCCGGGCGGGCGUUCUCUCUCUCUCUGUUUUUUUUUUGGGGUGGGGGUCUGGUAUAGGAGUGACAGUUUUGAGGCCACCAGAUAUAGAAUGGAAUGAUAUGGGAAUGGGUGAUGCGGUGUGAACUGUAUUUUGCUGUGGAUGAUCUUUUGAAAAGAGUAAAGCUAUCUGGAAUAUGGAUAUGGUAAGAAAUCUGUAGUACACGAGUCUAUAUAUACAAUGACUCAAUGGGAUUAUGCGAGAUGAUUAUAACGAUGAAUACCAAAAUCUUUAUCACAA